AUGGGUGGUAUGGGAACUCCAAAUAUUUGGAUGUUGGGAUUGGCCCUACAUCGGACUAUAUUUGAGUUCUCAAAUAUUCGAAUAUUGGGAAUUCAACAGACAUACCUCCCGCCGAACUUUAACUCCCUUGGCUCGGCUUUACUUGCCCAAGUGUUGAGAGGAGGACACCAAGGUGAGCAAAGAGAAAAUUUUCCCUAG